CAAUCUGCCUUGGGGUUGUAGAUCAUCAAUCUGCAGUGUUGUAGAGGUGGGUCUUCUUCUCCACCUCCAUUGUUGCUCUUUCACUGGGAAAACAUCCAGCUCUUUCACUGAAAAAACCUUACAUAAGUGGGAUUGCAGAGAGAGGGUUUGGGGGAUGGGGUGGGGAAGACGUUGAUUCUAGGGUUUUUUGUUUUGUUUUUUGUUUUUUUUUGCUUCUUUAGUUUUUAAAUAUUUAAUUAUUUUUAACGAAAAAUUGGAUGAAACUACAUGGAAACUAAUGGCAUGGGCUAAAUUGGCCAUUUAAAAUAGUCUGAUGGUUAAAUUUGCUGAAAAAAUAAUUUAUGGUGGACAUUUCGAUAAGUAUUAUAGUUAGGGGAAGUUUUCGGCAUUUUACCCAUUAUAUUAUUAAUCUUUGUUUGUCAGCGUGCCAUAUGACAUCCCCUUACAUUUCAAUCAUCUAAAUUGUAUAAAUAGGCCAAUUAGGUCAUGAAAGCUCAUCUAAAACUCAAGGCAAAACAGCUUCCUCUUUCCCUCUCUAUCAACCAAACCAGCAUAUCACAAUGGGCUCAGAAACCCCUCUCAGACUUCCCGUCAUAGAUUUCUCCAACCAAAGCCUAACUCCAGGCACCAGAGAGUGGAACACAGUGAGAGCCCAGGUCCACAAUGCCCUUGAAGAGUAUGGUUGCUUCGAGGCAUUGUUCACCAAAGUCCCUUCACACAUUCGAAAGUCCAUAUUUCAAUCAAUUGAAGAUCUUCUCGACCUCCCUUUGCAAACCAAAUUAAAAAAUGUUUCGAGAAAACCUUACCGUGGCUAUGCCGGGCAGUUACCCAUGAUGCCACUAUAUGAGAGCAUGGGGAUUGAUGGUGCCAACGUCUAUGAACAAGUUCAAAGCUUGGCAAACACCUUGUGGCCUCAAGGAAACCCAAGCUUCUGCAAAACUAUACAAUCCUUCACGGAGAAAGUUUCAGAAUUGGAUCAGAUCAUCAGGAGGAUGAUUCUGGAGAGCUUGGGCCUUAAGGAGUACUUGGAGGAACACCUAAACUCGACCGACUACCUUCUUCGAGUGAUGAAAUAUAAGGCGCCUCAAACCAACGAGACUAAGUUAGGGUUACCCCCUCACACAGACAAGAACAUUGUCACCAUUUUGUACCAAAACCAAGUCGAUGGGUUAGAAGUGCAAACCAAAGAUGGCAAAUGGAUCAAUGUCAAGCCCUCAUCAGACUCUUUCAUCGCCUUGAUCGGGGAGUCACUCCACGCAUGGACAAAUGGUAGGCUGCAUUCUCCCAUUCAUAGGGUUAUGAUGAAUGGAAAUGAGAUUAGGUACUCAACUGGAUUGUUCUCCGCCCCUAAGGAAGGCUACAUAAUAAAAGCCCCAAACGAGGUUGUGGAUGAAGAGCACCCUUUGCUUUUUAAGCCCUAUGAACAUGCUCAAUUUAUUGCGUUCUGUAAUUCAGAGGCCGGCCAGAGAGGUCCCUUUUCUUUGAAGACUUUCUGUGGUGUCCAAGACUUGACCUUGUCUACUUAGCUUGGCAAAUUACAAUUUCAAUACAUCUAUCUUUGUAUAAUAAGUGGCAAUAUUGUAACAAUGUAUCUAUGGUAUUGACUAUCUUCGUAUAAUAAGUGGCAACACUGUCUUCUCCAGGAUUGAGCUUUCACUCACAUUAUUGGAAAUAAAUAGUUAAGUUAAAGUCAACUUUAUAUGUGUCAUGUAUAUGGACCAUCAAUAUUCUAGGCAUAUGGUCCUAAUCAGAGUAGAUUAUAUAAGAAUAUGUUUCCAUUUCAGUUCCAGU